CCUUCUAAAACAGUUUUAACUACAUAUCCCAGAAUGCUUUGCUUCAACAAUAACACUUCCGUUGUAAACAGGAAGUGGGGUUUAUGAAGAAAAUAUGAAGCGGGUCGCUCGCCGGGUGUGUGACGACGGCCCACUUCCUGAGGAGCAGGAGACCGAGGGUCAGAGGCAGCUGCACAACCUGUUGCUCCAGCAGCUCGACACGGACGUCGACAUCGACCGCUGUGUAGCUAAGAAGAAAUGUUUUGCCCCGGCUGCACUGUACAAGCCUUUCGGGGAGCAGGCGGCAGGAGUGCGCAGUCUGGCCCAGUUCCAGGCGCUGCAGGAUGGAGAGCAGGAACUCGCCAGCCUGAGAGAGCUGGGCCUCACCGACGCCGAGAUCCAGCUGUGGAGGAACAGAGACGCGCAGGACAAGACCAGCAGCGGGAAGAAUCGUGGCGUGAUCGUAGCUCCUGAAGCACGGGACGAGCGAAUGCAGGUCAUCUGGGACAAGAUGGCGGCGAGGGCAGAGUUACUGUCCCGUCCUCAGCGCUUCUCGGGCAGUCGAGCUCUCACACGGAGAGAGAUGGAGAUCGAGAAGGCUCUGUUCCACGGCACUGACCGCUCCAACUUCCUGACUGCCCUCUACCAUCAAGAGGGAGCUUCGGACGAUGGCCAACAGGGGGCGACAUUUUCAAACCCAAUGGAUUCUUUAUACAGAGACAUCCUGAACGAUCAACAGGAACACUCAGAGAGCGUCACAUACUUUCAUCAGACAGAUCCUGAUCGCGACCGAACACCACGUCUGGACCCAGAAACAGACCCGGACCCGGACUCGGAUCGGUCGCACGCUCUCAACAGCCAAUCAGCAGGAAUAACUCCUUCUAAGAAUCAAGAAUCAGCAUCUGUUCCACAGAAACCGACAGUAAACCAGCCCAUUGGACGCGUGACCUCGUGCUGCGGUCCGGUGACCGUCAGCGGGACAGUAGAAGAGAUUUCAGACGAGGAGAUCAGGAACAAUCGGGAGACGGAGGACGGAAUAAGGAGAAUCUCACGCUUUCAGAACUAUCGGCGCGGAGAGCCGUCGAACGUGUUGUGUGUGAAGAACAUGAGUCCACGGGCCUCUUUGUCCCAGCUCGUAGCUCUUUUCUCCCGCUUUCAGAAGGACGACACAAAUCCAAUCGUGUACCGCAUCCUGACCGGCAGACUGAAGGGCCAAGCUUUCAUUACCUUCUCAGAUAAAGAGACCGCACAAGCAGCGUUGGAUACAGUGAAUGGCUACAGGCUGCAGGGAAAAGUCCUGGUGAUUGAAUUUGCCCGAGAGAGGGGACAAGCCAAGACUGAGGACUCUCCAGAAAAUCACAUAAUUAAAGAAUCUACAGCACAAAAGGAUCUGAGCACGUCAGGACACGCUGUUACACGACGAUAAUCACCGACGCGGUGGUGCGAUCCGGCUCGAUGUAUAGCCCUUCCUAAGAAUUAUACAAUUUUAUUAUUUUUUUCCCCCUUAAAGACACAUUUCAUGUUGUGGAACAUCCUCAAAUAGAUAAUAAUUCCUGUUAUCUCGCACACUGUAACAGCUGUAAACAGUCCUUCUCUCAUCAACCUCUUAUUUUUUUUUAAUCUCUCUGUUGAAGUAAACACCAGAGACUCCAAAAGUGCCCAAUAAAUGUCUUCUCACACAUAUCACACAUUGUUCAAUGAAUAAUGACAUGUUUACUUGGAGUAUCUGUAGCACUGCUUCGUUGUUGUUUUAUGUUUAUGUCUGUAUGUAUGUUGCACCUUUGACCCGCGAGACACGACAUCUCGUUCCACUGCAUGUCUCAACGUGUAGCGGAAUGACAAUAAAGCUAACUCGAACUUGAA